AUGGGCAUUGAAAACCACACUCAACUCACCAACGGUGAACGCCAUGGCCCUUCGACAGUAGUCAGCUCGGAAGAGGCACUCAAAGCCGAACACGAUUUCUCGGCCAAAAACUACCAGUCUCUUCCUAUCGUUUUAUCCCGUGGCCAAGGAGCGUCCGUAUGGGACCCUGAAGGUCGUCACUAUCUCGACUUUCACGCUGCUUCCACCGCCCUCAAUCAUGGCCAUUGCCAUCCAAAGCUCGUCGCUGCCCCAGUUGAGCAGGCGUCACGACUGACACUUACGUCUCGCGCGUUUCAUAACGACAUCUAUCCUCAAUUUGUGCGGUAUGUAACUGGGCUUUUUGGGUAUGAUAGAGCUCUACCUUCGAGUACCGGCGCCGAAGCAUCAGAGACUGCCAUUAAAGUCUCGAGGAAAUGGGCGUAUAAGGUCAAAGGUGUACCUGAAAACGAGGCUAUCGUGCUGGGGGCGGCUGGAAACCACCAUGGACGUACGUUAGCAACUAUCGCGUUAGCUUCAGAUACCAUGUCGCGCAACAACUAUGGCCCAUUGGACCCGAAUAUCAGCUGCACCAUCCCUGGAACCGAUCGGCACAUCCAAUUAAAUGACAAGGCUGCACUCGAAGAAGCAUUUGAAGCAGCUGGAUUUAGCCUAGCAGCCUUCAUUGUUGAGCCGAUCCAAGGCGAUGCAGGUGUCAUUGUUGCCAAUGACGACUAUCUUCAACAUGCAAGAGCACUCUGCGAUAAACACAAUGUUCUCUUAAUUUGUGACGAGAUUCAGACAGGAAUUGGAAGAACUGGAAAGUUUCUGGGCCACUACUGGAGUGGCAUCAGGCCUGACAUGGUUCUUUUGGGCAAGACUAUGACAGGUGGCAUGUAUCCUGUCUCAUGCGUGUUGGGAGAUGAUGCUGUAAUGCUCACGGUCGAACCAGGAACCCACGGAUCAACAUAUGGUGGUAAUCCACUUGGAGCCGCUGUUGCGAUGCGUGCUCUGCAAGUUGUCGAGGAAGAGGGCUUGGCUGAGAAUGCUGAACGACUUGGUUGCGUCAUGCGCGAUGGUCUCAAAGAAAUCCAGGCUCAGACGGACAUCAUCGAAACGAUUCGCGGAAGGGGCCUGCUCAAUGCGAUGGUCAUUGACCAAUCCAAGACGAAUGGGCAUACAGGUAUACGCCUGUGCGAGCUGAUGAUGGAAAAAGGAUUGCUGCUCAAAUCCAGCCGCACAGGCAUCAUCCGCAUUUCCCCCCCUCUUGUGAUCAAGGAAGAAGAGAUCAAGUGGUCGCUUCGAAUUAUCAAGGAGUCGAUUGAUGAACUUACGCAGCUUCCUCAUGCCACAUAG